AUGGAGAAGCAAUGCGAGCUGUGCGGCGGCGGUGCCUCCCUCUAUUGCGACUCCGACGACGCCUUCCUCUGCUGGUCCUGCGACGCCUCCGUCCACGGCGCUAACUUUCUCGUUGCCCGGCACGUCCGCCGCGUGGCCUGCGCGGAGUGCCGCGCCGUCGACGGUGGGGCCUGCGUCGUCUCCGGAGCCGUGGUUCGGCCCUUCCGCUCCCUCUGCAGCCACUGCGAUGGCGCCGAGCACUCGAGCUCGUCGUGCCUGUCCGCCGCUGAGUCGAGGACUGCGUCUCGGCCGGAGAAGCAGCGAGGACCGUCGAAGCGGCGGGGUCGGCGGCGCCAGUUUGGAGACGAGAGGGCAGAGCGGGUGUUGAGUGUUUGGAGUGGCAAAUUGGGGCUGAGGAGCGCGCGGCGAUGCGCGGCCGCAGCAGCGCGAUUACUCUCUUCUCGUUCGGUGGUCGUCGGCGCGAAGCCGGGACGGGUGGCCCUCGCGGCCGCGCUCUGGUUCGCCGUCAAGAUCUUCGCACGGCAUGACAAGGGCGACGACGGCGUCAAGAAUGAGGAUGGCAACGAGGAGCCUUCCAGUUCCGGAGAUUUUGGGAGCGGCAUGGGCGCGGUGCUCCGGCGACUCGAAGCGUGCUCGGGGGUGCCGGCGAGGUUCAUCGAGGUCGCCGAGUCCCGAUUCCCCCGCGUCGCGUCCUGUCGCUGA